UUUCUGCAAACCUUAGUACAGUAGUACUGACUGACUGAUAAGGAUAAUGUGACAAAAUUCAAUUAGGCCUAUUGCAUUUAGUUAGUCACUGUACAUGAUGGGAUUCUUACAAUAUGUCAUCAUCGCUUAUACUACCUGUUUUCACGUCGAUCAAGUAUUGUCUGUGUCAGCAACAGGUCAUGUCCUUCUUGAUUCUUUAAAUGAAUUUUACAUUUUCAAACCAGUGAAAGUUUCACAUAACACAAUGACCUCAAAUUUAUAUACUUUUUCUACACUUUUAUCAAAGGAUCAUGGAAUCCAUGAACCAGAGAUUGAAAUAUCAUUCAGAGCAAAUGGAACAAAUUAUAAUCUUAAAUUGAAAUUGAAUGAAGGUUUCAUAUCACAGGGUUUUUCAACUUCAAAUCUUGGCGCCGGGGAAAAUGGUCAAGAUAUAUUUGAAGUAUUCACCCCCAAGGAAAUAAAUAAUUGUUAUUAUCAUGGUCACAUUGUUGGAAUGAACAAUAGUCAAGUUGUGGCAAGCACUUGCAAUGGACUAAGAGGCACCAUAUUUUUGCCACACGACGUUUUGCAAUUUUCACCAAUUGAUGAACAUUAUUCAAUGCAUGCACUGUAUCGGCCCCAAGAAACAGAAAAUCAUUCAUGUGGAACAAAACAUUUUAAAGCAUUCCAGCAAGGCAUGACAGUCAAUGAAGAUUUGUCAACACCAAUUCGUUUAAAACGUGCGACUGAUGAAAAAAAAUUCAUAGAAUUGUUAAUCGUUGUUGAUAAUAAAUUGUUUAAGAAAUUUGGAAGUAAUCGGCCAAAGCUCUAUGAACACAUAAAAGAAGUUGUUAACUACCUUGAUGCUCUAUAUAAAAAGUUGGAACUUAGGAUUGUUCUUCUUCAUGUAGAAGUUUGGGAAAAAGAAGACAAAAUAGUCAGUGAUGCUGUACCAGAAAAUGUAUUGUCAGCAUUCCUGAGUUAUAGAAUGGAUCGAAUCCAAACGUUAUCUUCCGAUUCACCAUGGACAUAUACAGAUAAUGCACAAUUGUUUUAUGGUGGAAGUUUUGUGGGUACUACAGUUGGCAUGGCAACAGUAUCCACCAUGUGCUCAUUACGAUCCGGUGGUGUGAAUGAGGACAGAGCAAAUGCCCUCCAAACAUCAUCUACGGUAGCCCACGAGAUGGGUCAUAAUUUAGGAAUGUCUCAUGAUACUGCAGGCUGUAGGUGUAGUGGAAACAAAUGUGUGAUGGCACCAACUUCAGGGUCUGUGACACCUGAUGCAUGGUCAAGUUGUAGUGUUGAUUACUUGCAUAAAGGAUAUACUUAUGGAACAGCAAAUUGCCUUCUUAAUGUACCAGACAGCAGUAGAUUAUUUGGCGGACCCAAAUGUGGGAAUGGAAUUGUGGAAAAAGGAGAAAAAUGUGAUUGUGGAUUACCUGAUGAAUGUCAAAGCAAAUGUUGCAAUGCUACAACUUGUCAGUUACAUCCUGAAGCUCAGUGUGAUGACGGCACGUGUUGUACUUCUGAUUGCAAAUUCAAAUCUUCGUGUAUCGUGUGUAGACCUAACCAAAAUGAUUGUGAUAUUGCAGAGUAUUGUUCUGGAUUUUCAGCACAUUGUCCCAGUAAUAUUCACAAAAUAGAUGGAAUGGAUUGUAAUACUGGUGGAGGAAUAUGCUAUGGUGGUGUAUGUAGGACUCAUGAUAUGCAAUGCCAGGAAAUAUGGGGAGCAGAUUCUAAAAGUGGAGAAGAUGUGUGUUAUCGAGUAGUAAAUAAAAAGGGAGAUAGCAAUGGUAACUGUGGUAAAGAGGGCGGAACAUUCAAGAAAUGCACACCUGAGAAUUCACUUUGUGGGAAAUUGCUGUGCGUCGGAGGAAAGCACUAUCCGCUCAUUGCCAGUGAUAGAAUAUUUUUCAGGAAUACUAUAGGAGAUCUAGUUUGUAAAUCAUUGUCUUCUGUUAAUGAUUCUACUGACGCGGGAGAUGCUGGUGCCGUGUGGGAUGGUACUAAAUGCGGAGAGGGAAAGAUAUGUUUUGAUGGAUCCUGUCGAAAUGUUAGUCGAGUAUUGAAGCCUUGUACAUCAAAUUGCAAUGGACAUGGAUUAUGCAACAAUUUUGGAAAUUGCCAUUGUGAACCGGGAUGGGCUCCUCCGGAUUGUAAGAAAAAAGGCAACGGAGGAAGUGCAGACAGUGGACCAAUAUGUGCUGAUGGAGUCGACAUGCAGGUCGUCUUGAUGUUGGUAUUCUUCCUUGUUAUACUUCCCAUCAUUUUAGCGAUAAUCGCAGUCAUUUGGUGGAGAAAUUGUGGAGGGAAACAAAAAGUUUAUGCUUGGAGAAAGAACAGAGACUACAGGAAAGGAAAACCAUCUCCAAGGACUGUUGACAAUGAAGCAAGAAAGGCAAAUGCUUCUGCCAGCCAUUCAGCACCUCCAAAUACAGGCAUAAAACCUGUCAACAAUUCAAGGCCUAGUUAUCCAAAUGUCACUAUUGAAAAACCACCAACAUCUCCACCUCAUUAUAACCCACCCCGUCCUCCACCACCAGCUAAACCCUCUCCAAGAACACCAGCUCGACCUGCUCCACCACCUGCUCCAGCCAAACCACAGAUGCCACAAAAACCAAUCGUACCUCCAGUUUCAUAUCGUAGAGCACCAGAUGUUACAAACAAACCAUCAGUUCCUGGGAAACCAUCUUCUUCAGUACAAGAUAGAAUUGCACAAUUGCAACGAAAUAAUGCCGUUUGAUUUGACUUCAAUUUCCACUUCAUAAUCAUAUUUAUGGUGGAAUUAACUCUGAUCUGCCUCCAAGCAAGAAACAAAACAUCACAAGAGAGUGAAGAGACCAAUCUAAACUUCUCUUAUGUAGGACUAAUACUUUAUUAGAGUUAGGAUCAAAGACCAAGUACAGAUAUAAGAAUAUGGGACCAUCUUUGAAUCAUGUUGUUAAAGGGAAUCGACCUAUUACGCUUCAAUUUGUUCAAUUGCGUAUUUAAUACACAAAUAUCAUACACAGACAGUAGCAGUUUUGUUUAAGAGGCCAAAAACUCCACAUUGCCCAUUGUUGAGUAUUCAUCAAGUUUGUAUUAUGCUGUAUCUUUAAUGUAAUGACAAUAUUUGGUUGUAUCAGCCAGUCUAGAUGUCUGUUGUGCUUGUAAUUUGGUAGAUUUUCGAAGUUAAGGUAAUUCACAACGGACUAAAUAAAACGCUUCCAACUUCUAUAGAUUUUGAAUGUAUAUGUUGUAUAAUAAUACAAGUUAAAACGAUGAUGCUAUGUAUUUAUAUUUAUGAAAGUCUGUAAUAAGACUUUUCAAAGAGUUCAAAUAUUUGUGUUAAAGUUUUAUGCAGUAUAUUUAUCCUAAAGAAUCUUAAUAUUUAUGAUAACACAAUCAAGGUAGUGCUGGUGUUAAUAUUGGAAAUAAAUUUAACGAGAUGAGAUUUAUACACAGAAACUAUAUCUAGGUAAUAUUUUUGUGCUUCCAAAUGUUUUGUAAAUCAACUUGCUUAUUACAAUAUAUUAUAUAUGGUAGUGAUUUGAUGUAAUAUUUACUGAUUUUAACAUUCGAUUGUCUGUUAAAUUUUUUCUUUUUUUAUACCUCUAUUCCAGAACUGCUAGAAUACAUUAUUAUAAAAUAUUCUAACAUUUUCCCCCACAGCCGUUUUUCAUUUUUAUGUUGCUUCACAACAACUCCUUUUACCUAUUUGUCUCAUAGUUUUGUAUUAUAUUAUUUUAAGUUUGCCAUACUACUUAUAUGUUAUGUGGAACUUAAGUAUGAAUGAAACAGUUGAAAAAAAAUCUACUUGUUUUCAAAAAGUUUUUUUUUUACAAAUAUCUUCCAACCUAUCUUAUUGAACUCAUGUAGCAAUGUAAUAUAAGUUGUAUGGACAUGAUUACCAAAGGAAUUUGGUAUUUCAACAGUACAUAGAUACAUAGCAACCAAUUUAUUUUUUUCAACCUAUGGGCAUCAAAGCAAAGAGUUAGGUGUUCGCUUUUUAUUACUAUUUUCAAAUUUUCUAACAGUGCAAAAAAUAUUUCAUUUCUCUGUUAGUUCCUUUCUGUAUCAAAUUGUUACAGUGUUUUUAUUUUAAUUCAUACCCUACCUAACUUUCAUACUGACUAAGUAACUCUAUGGCUAAGUUUAUCAGUAGUACAAAUUUUAUAUUAGGAUCAACUAUAUCACUGCCAUCUGUGCACUUUUUGUAAAGGAAAUUAUUUACUUUUCAUUACUUUUCAUCUGUAGCAAUAUAAUACUACGAAAUAACGAUAGCAUCGCGUUGAUACAAUAUAGCUUGAAUUAGGUUAUGGUUUGAUACUCAAUUAUUUUUUAAA